AUGGCGAGUUCCGUGCUGCCGAGCGGAUCCCAGUGUGCGGCGGCGGCGGCGGCGGCGGUGGCGGCGGCGCCUCUCGGGCUCCGGCUCCGGCUUCUGCUGUUGCUUCUCUCCGCCGCGGCACUGAUCCCCACAGGUGAUGGACAGAAUCUGUUUACAAAAGACGUGACGGUCAUCGAGGGAGAAGUCGCUACCAUCAGCUGCCAAGUCAAUAAGAGUGACGACUCUGUGAUCCAGCUGCUGAACCCCAACAGGCAGACCAUUUAUUUCAGGGACUUCAGGCCUUUGAAGGACAGCAGGUUUCAGCUGCUGAAUUUUUCCAGCAGUGAACUCAAGGUGUCGUUGACAAAUGUCUCAAUUUCUGAUGAAGGAAGAUACUUUUGCCAGCUCUACACCGACCCCCCACAGGAGAGCUACACCACAAUCACAGUCCUGGUCCCCCCUCGCAACCUGAUGAUCGAUAUCCAGAAAGACACGGCCGUGGAGGGCGAGGAGAUCGAAGUGAACUGCACCGCCAUGGCCAGCAAGCCAGCCACGACCAUCCGGUGGUUCAAAGGCAGCAAGGAGCUCAAAGGCAAAUCGGAGGUGGAAGAGUGGUCAGACAUGUACACAGUGACGAGUCAGCUGAUGCUGAAGGUGCACAAGGAGGACGAUGGGGUCCCAGUGAUCUGUCAGGUGGAGCACCCCGCCGUCACCGGAAACUUGCAGACCCAGCGGUACCUGGAAGUACAGUAUAAGCCCCAAGUGCGCAUCCAGAUGACGUACCCUCUGCAAGGCCUGACCCGGGAAGGGGACGCGCUCGAGCUAACGUGUGACGCCGUCGGGAAGCCCCAGCCUGUCAUGGUGACUUGGGUGCGAGUCGACGAUGAGAUGCCUCAACAUGCCGUACUGUCCGGGCCCAACCUGUUCAUCAAUAACCUGAACAAGACGGACAACGGGACGUACCGCUGUGAGGCCUCAAACGUAGUGGGGAAAGCCCACUCGGAUUACAUGCUGUAUGUAUACGAUCCCCCCACAACUAUCCCUCCUCCCACAACAACCACCACCACCACCACCACCACCACCAUCCUUACCAUCAUCACAGACACAACGGCGACGACAGAACCAGCAGUUCACGGCCUCACUCAGUUGCCCAAUUCCGCAGAAGAGCUGGACAGUGAGGACCUCUCAGAUUCCCGAGCAGGGGAAGAGGGCUCCAUCCGGGCCGUGGACCAUGCCGUGAUCGGCGGCGUCGUGGCCGUGGUGGUGUUCGCCAUGCUGUGCUUGCUCAUCAUUCUGGGGCGCUACUUUGCCAGACAUAAAGGUACAUACUUCACUCAUGAAGCCAAAGGAGCCGACGACGCGGCAGACGCAGACACCGCUAUAAUCAAUGCAGAAGGCGGACAGAGCAACUCCGAAGAAAAGAAAGAGUACUUCAUCUAGAUCAGCCUUUUGUUCCCAUGAGGUGUCCAGCUGGCCCUUUUAGAUGAUAAAGAGACAGUGAUGUUGGAACUCGCGAGAAGCUCGUGUGUUUUUUACGAGUGGGUGGAAAGUGCGAGAUGGCUUGGGGUUUGCUGUGUAAACACAAAAUGUUCUUUGAAAAGUACACUGCUGUUUGACACCUCUGCUUUCGUUUGUUUGUUUGUUUGUUUGGGGGUUUUUAUUUCUUCCCACCAAGUCAAACUUGGAUGCUUGGCUUUAGUUUGGGUAGAUUGCAGAAAAUUCUGUGCCUUGUUUUUCGUUUGUCCGUUGCGUUCCUUUUGUUGUUUUUUUUUCUUUUUUGUGCGCAUUUACUUUUUCCCCCCGAUUUUUAAAGUUAAUUUUAUUUUUCCAAAAUCUCCCAUUUUGGAAUUUGCCUGCUGGGAUUCCUUAGCCUCGUUUUCCCCUUAUUUCGCUCUUGUUUUGACUUUUUUGUUUGUUGUUGAAGUAACUGCUUUCUGUUCAAAAUUCAGUUGCAUACAAGGAGAACCAGCACAGCUUAGACUUCAUAGUUCAGAAUUUAGUGUGUCCAUAGCGCAUUCUUCUCUGUUGUUGUAAAGAUUUGGGUGAACAAACAAUGAGAACUCUUUGCUGCUGCCCAUGUUCCCAGUACGUAGAGCAGUGAAGACUAGAACGUAGACUGUGAUUCAGAAAUGUUCUGUUUGCUGUGGAACUACAUUACUGUACAGGGUGAUCUGCAGGUGAGGUGUGUCACGCGAGGCUGGGUCUGUCUGUCCUUCUGUGUCUGUAGACGGCUCAGUAGAGGGACCCCACACUGUCCAGCAAGGUCUGGGGCUCCUCCUUUUCCUGUGCCCUGAACAGACCUGACAGUGAGAGCUGUUCCUUCUCCAUAAGUGGACAAAUUGAGUUGCCACCGGAGGGGAUGUAGGGAGGGGAGAUCGUUCUGCUCUGGUUAUUUCUGUUCCAAACGAGUCCACCCACCUUUCCCAAUUGGCCUUACUGCUCUCUGAUCUGUAGGAAAAAGCAAGUCCGUGCAGUGGGGGGAGGACUGAGCGGGACAGGGAGCCCCUCUGUGCUCAGUUAGGGAGACAGGAGGAUGUGGCCGGCACGUACUGUAUAUUACAGAUAUUCGUCACUCUGGGUUUCCAACUCGGGUCCGCGCGGAAGUCCCUUCCUUCAGACUUGGCAAAGGCAGGAGGUGCAAGAGAAGGGCCCGCAUUGUCCUCACACUGGCCUGCUGGGGAUCAAGUUCCCCAAGGUCAGAGCAGAGGAGGAGAAGCAGCAUGUAAGGGUUUUCAGUCCCUUAGUCAGAACUCAGAUGUGAGUGUUUUCAUCUUCUUACCUUCAUGCACUAGCCUUGGCCUCCUUCCUCAGCCUUAAGAACCAUCUGCCAAAAAAUUACUGAUCCUCGCAUGACGGCCGCCACCGCGCGUGGCUGCUGAAAUCAGUUACCUUGAACGUCUCUUGGACGGGAGCCUUGGGAAAAGGUGCCGAAGUCCAGUCGCUAUUGACAUUUUUCUUUAAAGAAACGUACGUCGAAGGACAAACACGAAACUCUUACCGGGAGUUUCGGCGAGGCCCCAGAUCCCGGAAGACAGUCCCUGUGGAAAGACGGCAUCAGAAAAGAUAGAUCUAUAUAUAUAUAUAAAUAUAUAUUAUAUCACAUUUUCAGUGAGUGACUUCGGAUUUUGCAAGGUGCAUUUUUACUAUUGUUACAUUCUGUGGAAAACUUACGCUGAUUUAUUUAAGGGGGAAAAAAAAGUGUCAACUCUUUGUUAUUUGAAAGCGUGUUUAUUUUUCUUGUCUUGAUUUUAACCUUUGAUAGAACCACUUGCAAUAUGGGGCCUUUUGGGAACGGACUGGUCCGUAAGAGAAUCCGUACGAGCAGCGUUGAUUUCCCCUCUCCCCUCCCGAGGCACUUAACCAAGACAAAAAGCCACAACGAACAUCCCUUUUUCACUGAAUUUUAUAAUGUGCAGCUCUGUCCCGAGCCCUUAGCACCCAUUCUGACCAUAGUGUGACCAUAUCACAAGGUGAGAGUCAUCCAGCAUGUUGUCGACAGGUUUUCUUUGGUGGUUCUUUUCAGGAGACGAAACAAGCGAAACCUGCCAUCACCCCCCAAAUUGCCAUCUCAUCGCUGGGCCCUCCACCCUCCCAUCUUGAAACGUGUACAGUAGUGCGGUGUCCCUGAUGUAACUCUAUGGCUUACGAUGUUGACAUGUCUCAGGUCCAUGUGUUUCGACUGGUGUUUUCCGUCUCAGGUAGAUUGCUAAGUGUAGGCCCCACGCAUUGGAGAAAAAACAAUAAAAUAAAACGGCGAAAACAGGAAAUUAUGGGUUUUAGUUGUAUAUUGGUUUAUGUAUUUUUUCUUAAGUAUACAGUGCACUGUUUGAAAUGUAUUGUUGAGUAUUACUUUGUACAGGUCGAUCACUUUUUUUAGAGUGAAGAAAGAACAAACUUGUUUUUUUUGUGUUUUUAAAGGAGUAUAAAAUAAUGAAGGAUGUACAAUUGAUGCCAAAUAAGCUUGUUCUUUGGUCACGCCGACGUCCCGUCCCCUCUAGGCCAGUUGCGUUCUUAGGUGUACAUGAACAAUGUUACGGUGUGAGAAUCCAUGUCCAUGUUCCCAUUCGCAUUUUGUAUUGGUUCAUGUAUACCAUUUUUACAAA